CACGCCUCUCUCUCCCUUUCAACCAUUUCAGUGAGAUUUCAGUCACUGUCUCCAUCCCCGCCGUUCCAAAACCCUAACCCGACCAGAAAUGGGUCGCGUAAUCCGAGCUCAGCGCAAGGGACCCGGAUCCGUAUUCAAGUCCCACACCCACCACCGCAAGGGCCCUGCCCGGUUCCGCAGCCUCGACUUCGGCGAGCGCAACGGCUACCUCAAGGGCGUCAUCACCGAGAUCAUCCACGACCCGGGCAGGGGCGCCCCGCUCGCCCGGGUCACGUUCCGCCACCCGUUCCGGUUCAAGCACCAGAAGGAGCUCUUCAUCGCGGCCGAAGGGAUGUACACGGGCCAGUUUGUGUUCUGCGGGAAGAAGGCUAAUCUGACGGUGGGAAAUGUGCUGCCGUUGCGGUCGAUUCCCGAGGGAGGGGUGGUUUGUAACGUGGAGCAUCAUGUGGGUGAUCGUGGGGUCCUGGCUAGGGCUUCUGGGGAUUAUGCUAUUGUUAUUAGCCACAAUCCUGAUAAUGAUACUUCCAGGAUCAAGCUUCCCUCAGGGGCAAAGAAGAUUGUGCCAAGUGGCUGCCGAGCUAUGAUAGGUCAAGUUGCCGGUGGAGGCAGGACAGAGAAGCCACUUCUGAAGGCAGGGAAUGCAUAUCACAAGUACAGAGUCAAGAGGAACUGCUGGCCCAAGGUUCGUGGUGUUGCUAUGAAUCCUGUGGAGCAUCCUCAUGGUGGUGGUAACCACCAGCACAUUGGCCACGCAAGUACAGUCCGUCGUGACGCCCCUCCAGGGCAGAAGGUUGGUCUCAUCGCCGCUAGGAGGACUGGUCGGCUCAGGGGACAAGCUGCUGCCACUGCUGCAAAAGCAGACAAGACUUAGAGUGUGUUACUGUCUGAGAUUUCGGUCCCUGGAUAUCUAGUGGUUCGAAGGUUAAUAAUUAAUGUUGGUUAUGUGGAACAUAUGCACUCAUUUCCCCACCUUUGUAGUGUUGAGACUCUCUUUGAUUCCUAGUAUUGUGGAACUUAAACCUAGUAUUGGAAUCGAGUUUUGUAUGCGUUUCAUGGA